CUAGUGUCAUCGCGGCAGCUCUACACAGUCGAGGGUGAAGACACCAAACCAAGAGCGCUCGGGCGGGCUUUCGCCGGAGCUUCUCGAAAUUGGCAUUGCGAACAUCGGUGAUUAGUCUGAGUGAGAGCUUUCUGAACUUCGAACGUCGUCCACUACAAGCUUGAUUUCAGCAAUCGAAACAUCCAUCGCAAUGGUGAACCUUAGCUCGGUGCUCUUUGCAGCUGGCUUGCUUGUCAGCCCGCUUGUCGCCGCCUCGGAAGGGAAGAAUGAGCACAAUACGGAGUACUCUUCCGACUGUUCGGUGUCUACCUCAUAUAGCAACACAACCUCUAUUCUCGACAAGAUCCAGGCGCGCGGCUACCUGAGAGUCGGCACAACUGGUGACUACAAGCCGUUCUCGUACAAAGUGACGAACCGAACAGCUCUACCUGCUACACCGGCCAUCAACACUACUUACAUUGGCGCCGAUAUCGAUGCAGCCCAGUCGCUUUCAAAUUCUCUCGGUCUCUCACGUCCAGUCGAGUUCGUUCCUACUAUCUGGGCGAACCUCACGACAGAUCUUGCAGCACAAAAGUUUGACGUCGCUAUGAGUGGCGUUAGCAUCACCCUAGCUCGUGCACAAAAGGCCUUCUUUUCCACUGCGGUUCAGCGAGUGGGCAAGGCCGCGUGCGUGCGAUGUGCGGACCUUGACAAGUUCUCAUCUCUGGCGGCUAUUGAUACCGCCGGUGUCAAAGUCGCGGUCAAUCCGGGCGGUACAAACGAGGCGUUUGACCGGGCUAACUUGAAGGCGGCUACUAUCGUGUUGGUGCCAGACAAUAACGCCGUCUACAAAGCUGUCAUGGAUGGCGACGCAGAUGCCAUGAUCAGUGAUAUCAUUGAAGUGGAAUUGCAGGUGCGGUUGCAUCCGGAGGUGCUUUGCAUCGUUAACCCGAAUGCGACUUUUACGUUCGAGGAAUUGGGUUAUAUGGUAGGGCAAGAUAUUGUAUGGAAGCAAUACAUGGAUCUGUUUGUACACAUUCAGCUAGGAAGUGGUGGCUGGAACAGUACCCUGGAGAAAUGGAUGUCCUAUAAAUGGCCCUCAGUAUAGACACAUUUGUAAGAGACGGCAGAUGUCGUAAUGAAUUAAUGGGGUUCAGACAAGCCGCGAGCCGAUUCAAGUUCCAUAGAAGCGGGUAAAGAGCUAGAACGCCUGGUCUCAGAAUAUCGGGA